CCCCCCACACACACAUCCUAACUCCAGCCCAGCAAUGGCCAGCCAUAGAGUGGCAGGGGCAGGUGGGUGCUGCUGAGCCUAAGGGAGUUCCAGGCCAUGGUGCCACGCAUGCAGGUGCUGCUGCUGAACGGAUAGAGGCAGUGGUUGGUUUGAUUUCAAGAUGGUGAUGGAGAGCCUGGGAAAGUGACAUUAAAGGUCACUCAUCUGGCCUCAGAUGGUUGGAACAAGGUUGGAGGAAUAUUUCCACAAGCUUCAUUGCUAGAGCAUUAGGCAAGCAGAGGGCGGGAGAGUUCAUGCUAACAGGACAUGGACAAUGAGGGACAGGUGUCAGAGAACAGCCCUGCUGCUGCCACUGGCUAUGGGGAGCAGAUCCUAAAGGAUUUCCAAGUUCUGAUAGAGAAGGUUGGGGGGAAGCCAGAGGUGCUGCUGGUUGGAGAGUCUCAGGAAGCAAAGGACACCCGGGCUCUGAUGGCGGCUUUUAUCCAGGAAUUGUUCCCAGAUGCCUACAAACCGGGGAUCAACCCAGCGAUGGCUAUGACCCAGACACAGUCAGGGGCCAAAGCUGGUGCUAGCAACAUUCCAUCCCAGCUCAUCUUUUUCCUGUGCCGAGCUUCCUCCCUGAGGGGGAAGCAGGCCGACAUCCAGAAGAUCUUGAAGGGAGUGAAGAAGUUUAGCCACAGAGGCCCAGCUGCCCUGGUAGGAGUCAUAGUGCAGCCCAAGAAGGAAGAGGCAGCAGAAGCCCGGAAGCUGAUGGAGAGCCUGCUGCAGGGUGCCUUCCCUAGACAUCCAUGUAAACGGGACAAACAGGGUGGCAAGCAGGGCCAGGAGCUGGAGGAGGUGGAGGUAGAGGUGGAAAUCUUCAUUCCAGGCCAACCACGGGGGAAAUUGGCCAUCAUGAAAGCCGCUUGCCGAGCUUCUGAGGCCCUGCAGCAGCGCACAUCCGCAGAUGUGAAGCAAAAUGAUGCUGUUUGGAUUUCACGAGCCACGCUCUUCAAAUUGCUGGGGGCACUCUGUGUGGCAUGCGCUGGUAUAAUUGGAAGCCAGUACAUGAACACUUCCAUCUGAGACUGGGUUCCUUUCGGGCUGGCUCCCUGCCCACAGAUCUUCUGUCCCCCUGGAGCUCACAGGUCAUCCGAAAUAAAAAAAAAA